AUGAUACUCACAAAAAUUGCACUUUUGUUUUUCUUCGUGCUAACCUGCCUAAGCACCAACAAAGCGAGCAAACAAAUAAUCAUCCUGAACGAUGAAAUAACAACCAUAAAAAGUCCGAUACACUGCAUCGUCGACAUUUAUUUCCUUUACCGCAAUGAAUUAUACAAAACGUGCAUACACCACGUCGCUAAGGGAAGCACAGAGAUCCAUGUCCUCGUGCAGAAACGAAUCAACAACACUUGGAAAACCCAAAAGACUCUUCUCCAAGAUAAAACGUGGUACCAACUUCCAUUCGUUUUUAAUUUCAUACAGGGCAAUGAAAUUAUUAUUGUAGUCUGCAGAUAUAAAGGUUUGACAAAAAAGGAAGGAGCCACCUGUGAACGUUGGAGCAGCGUCACGGGGACCAUUUACAAUAAAGAGUAUAUUAGCAUAGAUGAAAAAUCCCUUAUCAGCAAAAACUUAGAUUCAUACGCUUCGGCUCCUCUAACAAUUUCAAAUAAAAAAUUUUUCCAUAUUUGUGGAAUACAUUCCGACGAAUACGAAAAUGCUAAGAAGGAUAAUUUCAUUUCUUGUCUUGCCAGUGAAGACAAGGGAAAAACCUGGAGCACCAAAAUCCUCAUAAACUACGAACAGUUCAAAGAAGGAAUUCCCUACUUCUAUCUGCGACCUCUCGUUUUUAACGAUGAGUUCGGGUUCUACUCCUACUCCCGAGUAAGCACCAGCAACACGGACAGGGGAGGUAACUAUAUGAAGUGCACCCGGGAUGUGAACCACCGAAGAUAUAAUGAAUAUAAGUUCACAUGCAGAGACGUUGAACUCAUUAAAAAGAACAAGUCCCUUCAAAAUAUUACUAAGCUAAACGGAUACUACAUAACAAGCUACGUCCAUAAGAACAACUCUAAUGAGUGCUACCUAUACUACACAGAGAAUAACGCCAUUGUUGUGAAACCCAAAGUGGAAAACAAUAACCUUAACGGUUGCUACGGAGGCUCCUUUGUAAAAUUGAAUGAAUCGGAGGUGCUCUUCAUCUAUUCCACUGGGCACGGUGUUCAGAACAUCCACACGCUGUACUAUACAAGGUAUGACUGA